UGUGGGGGAUAGGAGGAUGUUAUCUUACAAACCUGGCAACUUCGACUAUGCGCUGGAUACAGCAGACAGUAUGGCGGACAGCGAAAGUGAUUUGGAAACAGACGGGCUUGAAUUAGCUCUGGACACACUGUGUAGUAGACAUUGCAGCGAUGAGGCGUCUCUGAAGAGCAAAGGAUAUUGCUCUGAGUUCUGUGAGUUGGUUGAGGAGUACACGGGGCAAUGGCAAGUUCCUCUUCCUCAGCUAAAGGUGCUGCGUACUGCACUCUGCAGUUUCACUAAAGCCACUGCUGCCUUCCCUGAUGGCUGUCAGCACAUCCACUAUGUUCUCAGCAGUAUGGCCUUGAGCUUCUUUGAACUGAUGCUGUUUUUCAGCAAAGAAGAAUUUGUGGAAGAGCCUUUAAAAGACAUCCUUGAUUCCUUUCAGGAGUGCCACUCUCAGCUCCUGAGGCACAGGAACAUCUACCUUCAGCAUGUGAAGCUGAUCAUCAAAGCGGGAGGCCCAUGGGAGAAUCCAGUGCUGCAAGGAAUCUUGAAGGAGGCAGACUUGACGCCAAAAGAGGUUGAGGACUACUUAAGCUCAGAGUUGCCAGUAUUCUUUGAGCUGCGGAUUCGCUAUCUGCGUGCCUGUGAACGAAUGCAAGAGGCCAUGGCCCUGGCUAAAAGCUGCCUGGAAAUUCGCGAGACUGCAAAGCAUCUGUACUUCCAUCAGGCCUACCUGACCUGCCUCUACAAGGCCUCACUGCAUGAACACCUCCACAAGGAGAUGGCAGAGAUAGAUGGCCGUGAUGCAGUGGAGAUCAUCUGCAACACAGAGAGCGUUGAAAAAGAUGAACUUCCAUUGUCGCUCUGUAAAGCUUUCCUUACCCAGCAGCUGCACAAUGGAGACAUGUACUACAUCUGGGAUUUGGUGUUCAUCUGGAGCAGGUUGCAUCUUAGGGCCCAUCCCUCCAGACAUGGCUUCCUGGACGAGUGCUUGCAGCUGGCUUCUUCGGCUACUAACGUCAAAGCCAUCUUCCCCUUCAUCAAGCUGGUCACCACAGAGCUGGGGGUUGAUGGAGUCCAGGUCUGUGUGGAGCUUUGUGCCAGGGCCUUGCAGAUGAGUGACAUGCAGGUAGACAGUGUAACCCGGUCCCUUAUUUACAAGACCAUCGCCUUCCUGCAACCUCAUGACCUGGAGAUCUGUCGGGCGUGUGCCCUGCUGGUCUUCUGCCAGGAACGCAGCCUGGAAGCUUACCGAACUGUUUGCCUGCUUUACAUGCAUCCUGACCAGGAACCGCAUCCCCACAACACCCCUGUCCGGACCAGUGUUCGCUUUCAUAUUCUGCAGAUGCUCAAGGAGCGCCUGUGUUUUGACCCUGAAUUUUGGAACCUCCUAACCCUCAGGACCCAUUGCUUGGAGUUGAUUAGUGACAAGGCCAUGAAGGCUGCUGUUCUCAGUGAGAUGGAGGAAGAGGAGAAGGAAUACAGUGAAGAGCUGUUAAUAAAUAGGUGUAUAAAUGACUCAUGCACUCAAGGUUUCAAUUCCUGCCAGUGCACUGAAGCUGCUUUUGUGAACCAAGACCUCCUAGAUGAGCAGACUGUGGAUGGAAAGACAGAAAAGUGUGUUAUCCCAUCAAAAAAUGCUCUUCCUAAGAGGAGAAAAUGGGGGAAAAGCCUGCGAAGGAGAAACCAAUCUAUGUCUGACGAUGAGGCCGACUUUGGUGAUGAUCCAGAGAUCAAAUACAAUCUCAAUUCCACCUCUUUAGGCAAUAAGCCUGUGUAUUCGCUAAGACACAAUCACACUAACAUGGAGAAUUCAUCUUCUGUAAAAGCCCCCUUAACCCGCAAGAGAGAAUACUUGUCUAGAUAUGUGAAGAGCCAAAUUUUGAAAAGGAAGGGUCAGAAGAAAAGAUGGUUGCAGGGUGUUCCUAGGCUGGAGCAGGUGCAGACUGUUACAGAGAAGAAGGUGAAAGUUAAAGAGAAGAAGGUGAAAGUUAAAGGGAAAAAACGAGGACGGAAGCCUUUACAGAAACUGGAACUCUCCUACCCUGAUAAUGAAAUGUCCCUUACAGAGGAGGAGUCCGGUUCUGAGGAGAUAAUUGACACAGAAGACAAGGAGCUAGAUAUGCCUCACCUGGAGAAUGAACUUGAACAAAUGAGCAAACCAAAAGAGAAUCAUUGUGAGCAAAUGGAUGAUCUUGAGAAGGAAAAUGGACUUGAGAAACAUCCUGACUUGGUCUGUGGUAGCAGACCCAAUGAACAAACCCAAAUGGAAUCUCAAACACAGGUCUGUGAAGGUCUUCCCUGUGAGCCUCAAGGUGCUGUUCCUGCUGUUGAAGCUGAUCCUGAACUUGAUGGUCCGCCCUUGGACUUAAUGGAUUGCCCAAUAAUGUUACACAGCUACUCUCUUAAGUCCAAAAAGCCUGAUGGUGAGAGAGUGUAUCCUUCAGAAUCCUCAGCACCAAAUGAGGUUAAUGGUGACACAGGACAGGAGCCCAAACCCACAGUACAAACAGAAGCGUCAAACACUGAGGUAAAAGCCAAAAGAACGUGGAAGGAUAGAGUACUUCGUACUCAAAAGUAUGCCCACUUGACGUACCACUGCAACUUCUGCCGCAAAGACUAUAAAGGCCUUAAUGUUAUGAGGCAUGCUCUCUCACACCUUAAAAGUAGAAAACUAAAAUGUAUACUCUGUGAAAAACGCUUUAAACACCUCCCUUUUGCCAAAAAGCACGUCCUGGACCACAUUGAUGAAAUGUGCCGGCAGAAACCCCCCGGUAUGGAGCCUUGCACUGAGGGCACUCCAGCUGCUAAUGGAAUUGUAGAUAAUGUGAAAAAACUGAGUCAGCCUCAGGAUGAAAUUCAGAUUCCCGUUUCGGAUGAGAAAACUCCUGAACAGAAACCCGGAGGCAAAACCAAAGUGUCAAGUCUCAAGAGGGAAGAUCGAAUCAUCAGGAACCUCCGCACCCUCAUCAAGAAGACAUCUGUGCUUCACAAAAAGUGCAAGAACCCUGAUGCUAAUAUAUUCAAGCGGGUAGACUUCAAGGAUGAGCAGGUAGUCAUUAAAGAUGGCUUGGUGAUUGUAAAAGAUACAUCUGUGAUGGUGAAGGACGGAGAGGGAGAAGGGGAGGGGAAGCCAGCAGGAGGAAAUGGGUACGCUGUGGACAUCACGUAUCACCUGUGCCCCUCAGAAUCCUGUGAUAGAGUAUUCUUGAGGAACAGCACCACACUAAGAAAGCAUGCCAUCAAAUGCCACAUUAACGAAGAGAAGGUGCUGGAGAAGACUUUUGUGUGGGCCAAACACAAGUGCAGCAUAUGCUUAAGGCAGAUACAGGUCCUCCAGCAUUAUAAGGAUCACAUGAAGCGCCACAGUACUGCUCUCCAGCACUUCUGCUACCACCUGGAGUGUACCCAGCGCUUUUUGACACUGCAGGAAUUAAAGGACCAUGUCAGAACUCAUCAGCCCUUCAGACCUCAAUGUUCAGUCACAGACUGUGAGAAGCUAUUCUCGACCCUUCAAGGUCUCUAUGACCAUGAAUGGAGACACUACAUCCCAGCGCCUCAAAGAGAGGAGGUAGAGAUGGGCCUCAGCAGACAGAAGAAGCAAAAUCCCGAAGCUCCAUGGAAGCAGAGAGUGAAGGUUGAGGAUAUAUGGCUGCAGAAUAAAACUGACCAGAGGGAGAGUCCGGCCUGUAGUAAUGAGGAUUACGUAAUUGAAAAAACUGAAGAUCCGCUCUGUGAAAUCUCAGGCAGUAAUCCGAACCUGUCUAUACCUGCAAACUGUGUGAAAACUGAGAACAUCGUCACUCAUGAGCCCAUGGAUGAGAGCAUAGCCACCAUUAAUGGACAUGAGGCUGAGACAAGAAACCAAGUGUCAGAGGAGAAGAGCUCCACUUCCCGAACAGGAAAUGCUGCAGCAACUCCCAGUAAGAGCUGUCGAAAAAGAAAGCCCAUUGAGUGGGAUCCCUUGAAUGUCCGAGACCCUGAGGAUUUGUCCACUAUAUCUGAGGGAGUACAGCAGAAACUCGGAGAGCCACACAUCACUGAGCACAAAACUUUCAAACCCGAAGACCCAUCCUAUGCGACUUUCAUCAAAGCCCCCUUUAUCCGGCCGCCACCCUCCACCUACCUGGACGAAUCUCGGCUCUCAAUGCGCAAAAGGAGGCCCACCGAUGAGCCUUCUCCAAGGAAAAACACUUACUGGAGCAAUAAGAAAAAUGUGGAGCCUGUCCCAGUAAAGCAGCAGGUGGGAGAUGUGGCCUCUGCACAGAAGAUCAGGCAGCGCUGUGACAAAUGUCUUUCCUCCUUCAGCAGCUCAGAAGAGUUCCAGAAACACCAAGCCCUUAACACCUGCUCGGCACUCUUUGGCUUUGAUUCCGAUGACGAAAGUUAGUAGUGGUGGAAGAGGAGCUGUAACUGGGGUGACAACUGUACUCAUGGAAACAAGCCAGCUGGCUCAGGGCAAGCAUUCAAGAUAAAGGAAAACUGGAACCCUUUCCUAAUACUCCGAUACAGUACUUAUUUAAUUCCUGAAUACCAGUUUGUAAACAAAAAUGUGCCAAAACGGUUAAUUGGAGGUUUAUUUCAUUGACAGAACCUUUUUUAAGCAAUACCUUUUAAUAGCCAAAACUAGUUUUGUCACAUUGUCUCCAAACAUAACUUUGUGUUAUUUUGUCUAGUAGGUAAAACAAGUCUGUAAUAAAUACACUCACUGGCCACUUCAUUAGGUACACUUUGCCUACAUCAGGUACUUCAGAACUGCCUUCAUUCUUCAUGGCAUAUACAGUAUUCAACAAGAUGCUGGAAACAUUCCGUCAGAGAUUUUGACACGAGAGCAUCACACAUGAUGUUAAUCUCCUUUUCUACCACAUUGCAAAGAUGCUGUAUUGGAUUGAAAUCUGGUGACUGUGUUAAAACGAUGCUGAAUUGGACUAAGGAGCCCAACGUGUGCCAAGAAAAUAUCUCCACACCGCCACCAGCUGGAACCGUGGAUAUGAAGCAGGAUGGAUCCAUGCUUUCAUGUUGUUUUGACCAUGUCUACAUGCCUAAAUAUCCUUGAGUUGCUGCCACGUGAUUGGCUGAUUAGAUAUGUGCAUUAACCAACAGUUAAACAGGUGUACCUAACAAAUGGCCAGUGAGUGUAUAUUCUCUUAAUCUAUGGUAAGUCUUCAGACAUUGGUCAUUAAAACAAAUCUAAAUGUAAUGCUGAAAAAUGUCUGACAAACCAAAUAUGGCCCGAGACGACCUCCCUAGAAUAAAAAAACACAAUACUCUGUUAUGUACCGCCUUAAAAUAACUUGUAAUCCCAGUAUUUCUAUUUUAGUGUUAAUGACAAAGUAUUGCUGGACUCAUCGUACCGUGGUAAAGUUACAGUAACACGUAUAUAUAACUGGAAGAUGUAUUUAUUUGCUUUUGGUUGUCUUUCAGUUUGGCCUGUUGAUACUAUCAUGUUUAUGUGGGCCACAAACUGAAGCCUGCAACAGUCGGCUAAAUGAACUGAUUUUUAAUCACUUGUUAAAAAUGUACAUUUAAUUUGGACUUAAUCAGGCUUUCUUUUGUUUGCCAAAAGCCAAAGCCUUUUUUGAUCAAGUGGUUCUAUUUGAGCCUCUGAUUAAGGUUAUAGACGCGGUACCCCAACUAACUUCAUUCAUGGACAACAAUCAUUUAUUUUACCUUCUAAUAAUCUGUUUUGGAAAGAAAUGGGUUGGUAUUAAGAAUCGUUCCUUGAAUAGUGUUUUUUCUCAUCUUGCUGUACACUUGGUGUCCCAUCAUGCUCAGCGGGACUUCUGAAACAUCUGGCGUUACCACCUGUGGUGUUCAAAAUUGCGGCAUUAAUGACUGCCACAUGAUUUGAAAAUCCUGUCCUUUAAGUGUAGAUUUACACGCAGUAUAUCAUGGGCAGUGUUUGCAACCGUAUGAAAUCAUGUUAACUGGUGGAAAGAUGAGUUCAAUGAUGUUUAGCAUGUUAGUUUAAUUAUUGUAGUCUUCCAAAUGAAUCAUGCACAACUCUGCGCUCUGGUCUUUGUAGAGAGAAUGUAUCAAAGAU